CAGGAGGGUUGAAACUAGAUGAUCAUUGUGGUCCUUUUCAACCCAGGCCAUUCUAUGAUAUGGUAUGAUAUAGGGCUUGGAAGUUCUGGCAAUAUAUAUGUGAUACACAGGGGAGGGGCAGUACAAACUGAGGUGUAAUUAAACUAUGAAUCCACCUUCAGGAUUCUGACUGAAAUGGAGGUGAAAGUCUCAGUAGUAAAAUGGGGUCGACGAGGUGCAAUAUAAACUUCAUUUCGUUUGGUUAGAAAUUAUUGCAAAACAACCAAACAGCAACAAGGCGUUCUCCGUAGCUCACAAUUUCCCCUCCUUUAGCACUAGCUUCCUUUAGCCCCGCUGUUCGUGCGGCUCAUCAAUUCGCCGAACGCGAGCCGGCAGCCACUCGCUCAGAGUCACACCCGCUUUCCCCUCUAGGUCCCUAUCGGGCUGUGGGAGAAAGUCAAAGCCGAGCGCUGCCACAGCUGCCAAGGGCGGAGCCUUGCUGCGGGCGGGCAGGCCUGCGAGGGGCCGCCUGCGGGGUUGGCGCUGGGGCAGCCGUUGCUGAGCAGGAGGGGCCGGUUCCCCCGGCUCGGGCGGGGCUCUACCCGGAAGUAACCGGCGGAGUUGCGCAGGGGGCGGUGGCGGGGCCUUAGCGAACGGCAGCAACGGCAGCGAUAACAACAACAACAACGGCGGCGGCACAGCGUGGAAAAAGUCAUGGAAGGAAGACCAUCACCUUCAAGUCAUGUCAGUUUUCGUAUACCAAAGAAGAAACCAAACAACAAGUCAGAGGAUGUUCAAGUUCAGUCCCCUUUGACAAGGCUCCCAGGCUCUCAGCAUUGGGACUACCCUUUAAGAGAGUGGCGAUUAAGUGCCAGCAACAGAGAGACUUCUACAAAAGGAAGAAGGCAAAGGGAUUGUGAUAGAUGCAGCUCUAAUGAUGAAGAAUCAAUUGGGCAACCCAAAGUUAUCUUGACGAAUGUCCUGAGGACGAAAAUAGGAAGAAAAUACACACAAGCACAACCUAAAACUGAUGCUAAUUUUUCUGAUGCUGGCAAGCUGCAGUCAAAUCAACCACCCUCAUCAUCUGUUGCCAGCCUAAAGAUAUGGCAAAUUUUAAACCCUGCUCUCCACAGCCCUUUUCUGUCUAAAAGGCAACCUCAAGUUAUCUUGACGAAUGUCCUGAGGACGAGAAUUGGAAGGAAAUACGUGGACAGUCACAUAUUAAUUGAUUCUAAUUUAUCUGAUGCUGAGAAAUUACAAUUGGGUCAACUAGCUUCAUCAUCUGUUGCCAGCGCACAAACGUGUCAAAUAUUAAGUUCUCCUCAUGAAAGUUCUUUUCUGUCUGAAAGGGCAGAGCAUUGCUUGACAAAGUCAGAUGGCAAUCUUUCUAAGGAACCAGAGAGAGGUAACGUUGUCUUGACCUUUAGAAGACGAAAGCUGGAGAAGAAAGAAAACAAGAGCUCUGAUGAACUGGAUAAGAAGAGAAAAAACAUGAACACUACCUCUCCUAGUUGGAAGGGAUCAAGCUCUUUGGAUUCUGAGAAAAGGAAAAGAAGAUUUAGUGGCCAUAUUUCCGAUGAUUGUAAAGAACACAUUCCAGAAAAAUUGCUCCUACAGUCUAAAGAGCAAAGAUUAAGUUCAACUCGCUCUUCUGGCUGCAGAAUUCCUUGUGAAGAUGAACAAGAUCACAAAUCUAACAUGGUGCAGGAUUGCGUUGCUCAGACAUUGGAGAGAAACUGUAAAGGCACUCCUACCAGUAAGCAAUUAAGACCUGUUCACAGCUGUUCAGAGGAGGCUUGCUCUGAGUCUGCUCCCAGUAAUUUGUCAGAAAAACAGCUUGCCACUAGUGUUUCACCUCGAGUUAGUACCAUCAGGAAGGUAAAGAUGGACACAUCACAGUACCUGAACAAAUUGAGGAACAGAAUCGGCAGGAGUAAUCGGCUACUUGUUUCAGCUGAUCCAAUUGUCCUCUCCAGUGAUGAAGAAGACAGAUCUUCUGAACCAAAGGAUGAAGAACGACUUUCUGAACCAAAAUGCAUGGAACAACUGCAGGAUAGUAUCACUGAUGUUCAAGAAAUAGACCAACAGUCUGAUGACCAUUUCUCUGAAAAGCUAUUGGAAGAUAAUGUGGAAAGUCACACAGAGCAGCUUUUAACAAAGUCAGAUGAAGAUAAAUGUGCCUCCAACUUGCCUUCUGGAACUGUACAUAGUGAACAGAUGAAGCCAGCAUUAGAUUUUGAAUUUGAAAGCCUAUACAUUGGGAGAUUUAAAUGGUCAUCAACAGGUCCUGUUAGGUUUAUGACCAAGUAUAUUACAAUACCAUUUCAAGUGGCACUUAAUAAGAAUAUUAAGCUGAGUGUGGAUACCUUGGAUGUGAGAAGGUUUGGCUUGUGGAAAAAUGAUGGUGGCUGUUCUUCAACAACAAUAAUUUUCAUUUGGUUGUCUGUGGAUUAUUUAGAAAAGAUUGAAACCCAAUUAGGAAAACGUGUUAGCAGUGAACCAUCCAAAUCUAGUGAAUUUAUUUUUCUUGAACUGUCCCAACCACUCACAGAACAAGAAGUCAUCAGGCUGUCUGAAUUAAUUACAGAGAUAAGCAAGAAAAACAGAGCACCAGAUCUCCCCGAACUGUUGUCUUUGAAGCAAGUUUUACUCUUGUUUAAGGACUUGUCUCCUGAAGAGAGCUCUUUUAUAAGUUCCAGUGAGGAUCUGCUAAAGCAGUGUGCAACAAAAGAGAGUAUCUCGUUUGCUCAAGACCCUACAUUUCAGAAACCAAAACCAAAAGUGGCCAGGCCCAGUUAUGCCCUUGCGAAUAAGCAGAAUAGUGGUUGCUAUUCUAUCUCUCUAUCCUCUGCACUGGAUGAAGAAUGGAAAGAAGUAGGAGAAUCUGGAGCAGUUAAGAAUCUGAUUGUUUAUCCACCCCCACCUGCAAAAGGAGGACUUGGAGUCACGAGGGAAGACCUAAAAUGCUUAGAAUACGGAGAGUUUCUUAAUGAUGUCAUCAUUGAUUUCUAUCUUAAAUACCUGUUGUUGGAGAAGGCACCAAAACAUCUUGCUGAGCGUACACACAUUUUUAGCAGCUUCUUCUAUAAAUGCCUGACGAGGACAGAAAAAUUCUCUGAGGAAGAUCCCAAAGUUUCAGUGGCACAAAGAAGACACAAAAGAGUAAGAACAUGGACUCGUCACAUAAACAUCUUCAGUAAAGAUUAUAUCUUCGUGCCUGUGAAUGAGGAGUCUCAUUGGUACAUUGCAGUUAUCUGUUUUCCUUGGUUAGAAGAAACUGUAUAUGAAGAAUGUUCUCAUUGGAAUUCAUUUAACCUAUCUCCACUUCAGUCAGAAAACAAGAGUGAGGACUCUGUAAUUGGUUCAGUGUUGGCCUAUUCUGAAGAAGAAACGGAUGCAAACAGAAUUUUAUUCUCCAAAGUUGGCAAUGAAUCUGCUGAUUCUGCCUCAGUCCUGGAUUCAGGUAUUUCUAAAAUCUCCUUAAAUAAUUCCAAAAGGCAAAUUUGUAAAAGGCCUUGUAUACUGAUCUUAGAUUCUUUGAAGGCUGGUUCUGUGCAGAAGACAGUUCAGGUUUUGAGAGAGUAUCUUGAAGUAGAAUGGGAAGCUAAACGAAAAACACAUCGUGAAUUCAGUAAAUCAACAAUGAUUGACUUUUAUCCAAGAGUGCCUAAACAAGAUAACAGUAGUGACUGCGGGGUGUAUUUGCUACAAUAUGUGGAAAGCUUCUUCCAGAAUCCCAUAGUUGACUUUGAACAGCCAGUGCAUCUGGAGAAGUGGUUUCCUCGUCAGCUGAUCAGAAGCAAAAGAGAAGAAAUCCAAGACCUGAUUUUGCAAUUGCACUUUCAGCAGCUCAGAGGCAGCAGAAGCUAAUAAAUCCCAUCUACCAGAACUGGCAAAGAACUAUUGUAUAAAAUACCUGGAACUCUGCUUAGCAGCAUUUUGGCUCUGUCUGCCUUGCGAGGAAGAAAAAAAAUGUUUUUUUGUUUGUUCAUUAUGUAUUUAUGUAAAUAAUUAUUUUACUUUGGGUUCAGUGAUGAUAGAAUGCUGUUGGAGGGGAGGGUGGUGGAAGAGAAGGUUGUAAAUAAGUGUAAAUACGUAAGUUAAAGCUAAUACAUGUGACUUGCUAAUUGAUUUUUUUAACUUGGAAUAUGAAAAUGUGUACAGGUAUGUGCAACAAAGAUGUAAAAAUAUUUUGAUCUUUUGGAGCCUGUUCUUUACAAUUCUAUAUAAACUUUAAGAGUUGGAUGAGCACAUAGGAGUCAGGCCCAAAGAUGGGUUUCUGACCUUAUACUGUGUCUCUUUCUACUUUGCAGUUCAUACAGAUAUGAAUACUAUGUAUUGUUUUAAUUUAAGGAUAUAAUACUGAUUCUCUUUAGAGAUUUUUUGUUGUUGUUGUUCUGUUUUGUUUCUGAUAAUAUACAGAAAUAGUUUGCAUUUAUCAGAAUAUUCUGCUGGGAUUUGACACUUCUGGGUUUUAAUUUUUUUCCUCCCUAGCAUUUCCAUCAUAAAAAUUUAUUUGCUUGAGAGUGAAUCUUGAAAUCUUCUGAAGUCAGAAGUGGGCUCUUCUGAAUGCCCUUUAUGAUAACUCUCUUCUUGUCAGAUUUUAGAAAUCUUGUUCUCAAAGUACAUGCUGCUACAGUACAUGUAGGCAAUAGAUUUUUACUCCUAAUUACUUUAUUUUUGGGAGUUACUCCUGUGAGUCUUAAAGGCAUCAUUUGCAUUAGAAAAGCAAGUAGACUGUGGCUCAAUAAGAUUGAGAUAUUUGAGAAAUAAGCAUGUUUUCGUUUAGAAAGGAUGUGGCUAUAUGUAAUAUGUCUUUAAGACAUGUUGCUUAUAUAUAAGACAUACAGGAUUUAUACUUUAUUUGGGAGAAUUCAGUAAAGGCACCCAAAUAUUCAACUCAGGACUUGAUUUGAUAAACUAGCGGAAGUUUAUCAUAGUCUGUAUAUAUAUUUAUUUAGUUUUUCUCAGACAGUUGUCAUGGAAAACUUUAAUAACAUUUUGGUAUGCACACACUUUUUCCCGUAGUUAUUACACGAUAGAUGGUGGCUGUUUUGAGAGGAUGCUUUCUCCUGUUACCUACAGUAAGUUUCUUAAGUAUCAUAGUACUCCCAGAAGAACCAUGUUGCAGAUAACCACCAAAGCCAUUUGUAUAAUAAGCAUAUCUGCAAAACUAGAGGUCUCAAAGGAGGUAGGCUUAAAAAAUCAAAGUAAAAAUUGAGGGCAUUUGAAAGACAUGGACAAAUUUGUAGUGUGGCAGAAUUCUCAGGGCCCCUUUCCUCAAGGCAACUCUGACACCUGAUUUGGAAAAUCCAGUCAUUGCUUCAGGUUCUACAAGUCAUCCAAAAAACCUGACAAAAAACGGCGUUGUUUCUCAAACCAGGAAGCAUUCUUUCUGAAGAGCAGAAACAAUUUCAGAACAUAAUUUGCUGAGUGCAGUUACUUUUUGUGUAACUGGGCAGCCUAGUGCACUUAUCUUGUUUUUUUUUUUUUACUUCGUUUCUAGUUCAGCUCAGUAGUUUAUCACUACUCCCACCAAUAUCUGUCACUCUCAUCGCAGAAAUUUGUGUGACUUAUCUCACAAACCUCAUCACCACCAUUUCUCACUCCCAGGGAUAAUCUUUGUAUUUAUUGUAAGAGAUAAAUGAUAAAAUGCAGAAAUGUGUGUGCUUUUUCUCCACACCUUUUUAAUGGAUGAAAUAUUUUCAGUGUUCCCUUAUUAAGAAUACUUUGGACUUUUUCUUACAAUAAAAUUGGUUUAUAUCAUAAAGCAAUAUUUAUUCUCUUUCAGAUUAACUGGUUUAUACGUAGAUAUUUAAAAGAUAUGUAUAAACUUUUCUAAAUUGGUUUUAUAACAGCAAAGGAUUGACUUUGUAGGUUAAUGUUAGCGAUUUGCUAUGGGGAUGCCAAUACAUUUGAUAAUAAAAACCUCCAGAAGUCACUGAA